CACACAAAGUUGCUAAAAGUACACGAGAUAACGUACAGGAUCAGUCUAGUAAUGCAACAGGAAAUUAUUCUCACCGGUCAGACGGACCCGAACCCCAGAGGAACAGGCAACUGUUGUUCAGCAAAGUCACGGAGAAGAGCCGAGAGUUUAUAUCCGAUGCCAGGGACCUCCCCGAUCAUCGUCUCUGGGAUUUGGACCGGGAAAUCCACCACCCCCUCUGCCGCCUAACCAAGUCCCGAUGGCGGCCCAGAUGCCACCCCAGCUCGGGGAUGAGGGGCCUGCUCUACGGAAACCGGGAGCCAUGAACGAACCUUUUUAUUUACUGCGAGAACUACCAGUGGGCAAUGAGCUUACGGGCAACACCAACCUCAUCACCCAUUACAACCUGGAACACGCUUACAACAAGUUCUGUGGCAAGAAAGUCAAGGAAAAGCUCAGCAACUUCCUGCCAGAGUUACCAGGUAUGAUAGACUGGCCUGGUACCCAGGAUGGCAGUUCGUUGCGCUCUCUGAUAGAGAAGCCUCCAGUGUGUGGCAACUCCUUCAGCCCUCUGACCGGAGCCAGCCUCACCGGCUUCAGACUGCACACCGGACCGCUACCGGAGCAGUACCGGCUGAUGCACAUCCAGCCUCCAAAGAAGAAGAGCAAGCAUAAGCACAAACACAACCGACCACAGGAUCCCAUACCGCAAGAGACACCCUCAGACUCUGACCCCAAGAAGAAGAAGAAGAAAAGAGAUGACGACCCUGACCGCAAGAAGAAAAAGAAAGACAAGAAAAAGAAGAAGGUGCGUGCGGGUACUGGUGUUCUCCCUGGCCAGAAGAGGUAGACCAUUUUAAUUAGCUUCAUUAUUUUCUAGAAAUAUUUGUAUUAUAUUGAAUGUGUAGGCUACCUGUUCAGAGGAAUGCACUUGAUGUUUAUCAUUUAGUGUAUUUCUCAUGCGCUUGCCAUUGAUUGUUGUGUCACUAAUUCCCUAUUAAGUCGCUGUUACUACUUUGUACGUAUUUUUUUGAUCCUGAAUCACUAUUUUCCUGUGCGGUGUUUUGAAAGGAGUGUCAUAACUGUCCUGUGACGAUCUGAAGGAUCGGGUUACAGUGGGUCCGCUCUACAGCGUGCUCUCGUAGAAGGGGAGAGCGGGAAGUCUGCCGUUUUAUGGCGGUCAUAAAAUACGCUGCCCCAAUGCUCUGUAGUGUUGGAGGUUGGAAUGUAAACUGUGAGAACACAGAGACACCGUUGGACAUCAAAAGUAUGAAUAAUUAAACAAUAUUUAUAUUGUUGAGAAUGUGGGAGUGGUCCGUGGACACUUAAGGGACAGUCAUGGUUUCCCUUAAAGUGUACUUUCCCCAAAUGUCAGGUUCACAUCUAAAUAUUGUGACAUGUAUGUAAUUAAACAUUAAACUAUUUGUGAAAAGAUGUAAUGUGAUGUUAACCUAAAUGAGAAAAUAUGGGUUUUCAUAUAAAGUUAACCAAAUCAGUGGUCACGCCCACGUGAGCGUCAUGGAAUUGCCCCUUUUUCCAGAGUAUAAAGCAAAAUUCCUACAAAAAUGUACAUCAAGUCAGAGAACGCCAGGAUGGAAUCCCCGCGUUGGAAUGGCUACAAUUCUAUAGAUUAUUAGACCAUACAGCUGUAGUUUUGGCUACACGGCUGGAAAUGGUUAAACUCUGGGACUAUCGAUCACUACAGAAUAAGAGCAAAUCCUAGGCGUAAAAUUACUAGUCUACAGCUAGAAAUUACGUAAGUCUAGGACGAGAAUAUUGGCAAACGCCGAAACAUCCAUUCUAAGAGCAUGGUACACCUGACGUAUCCAUUACAACAGACACUAUCCAGAGCUGCGGAGAAAACUACAACCACGAAGGACAUUGUGACUUCUGGGGAAGAUAACCAGAGACCCUGAUGAACUGACUUUCCAACAGAGACAACAUAUGGGCGUAAAUAUAUACAUUGCAAUUAUUCUCGAUUGAGCUGCCGUUCAUGUGCAAAGGAUUAGCAUUUCAAUUAAUAUAUUUAUCAACUGUGUGUAGUGAAUCUAUUUGUCAAUCACGCUCUCUGUCCUCACCCCUUUCCUUUGUCUAUCAAGCCGUCAUAUUGGCUUCGUCCGCUAGGGACCUUUUCUUUGUAUCUUGUAGUAACCCAAAUAUCUACUGUUUGUUUUAUUUAAUUGUGUGAUUAUUUAGUUAGUAAAUAAAUAAGCCAACUUGUA